AUGGCUACGGCCGGUCUGGUGGAAGCGAGGAGCACCGCGACAACCUCAUCCUACAUUGACAUUGACUCUCUCAUCUCCGACGACUUUUCGCCCUAUGCACACGCCAACAGCCUUGUUCUUGCAACCAACAACUCAUCCGACCCAGCGAUAGAUCUCAGCACACCGCUGUCGCGUGUUCUGUUCGACCUGCAAGAGAUCGACUCGCACAUCCAUACCCUCACCUCGCGCUCAGCACUUGAUAUUCUGACUUACACAUCGACGCAAAAUGCUGCGGCCCAACGGAUCCUAUCCAAAGUCGAAGAAGAACGGGCACGACUAAAUGCGAGCUACGAACGAUUGGAGAAGGAGGUCCUUGUGCGCCACCAGAAGGCCGUCGAGGCCCAAACCAUCGCCCAACGGAGCUGGGAAGUCCUCAGGCUCGGCAGAGCUGUACAGCGCGUUCUCAACUUGGCCCGACAAUUCGAGGUCCUGAUCAGUGAAUCUGGCCUCGGAGGCACGCGUGUCGGCAAGGAAGACCAUGGCGUGCUCGUCCGCGCGAGCAUCUCAAUUCUUUCUUUUCGCAAUAUCAUGAGCGGCGAAGGCGAACAACUGGGUCGUAUCAACCUUGUGAGGACUUUGCGGGGAAGGGUAUUCGAGGACGGGGAGGCAAGGAUUUCGGAUUUCGCUCGACGAGUUGUGAGAGAGUUUUCAAUGAACACAUUGUCCCCAGCACUGGGGGGAGCUUCCACAACCUCUGCGCCUACAUAUCGAGAGGUGGAAGACAGCCGAGCCCGAUUCACCAGCGCAGCGCAUAUACUCUACCUCCUCUCCCCAGCGCCACGAAUAGAUGGACAGAAGAUAAGCAGGAAAGACUUUGAGCCGGAAUAUCUGAUACGUGCGCUGCAGGGUUAUCUGCAGACUGCCAUCACUUCGAGUUCAGCGUCGAUAGGGCGUGCACUGGGACAACUGCCGACCCUCGACAGAGCCCUACUUGAGACUAGCGCAAGAUGCCAGAAUGUCGUGGCCUUAGAAGCACUAUUGCGGAGUAUAAUGGCGCCCGAGCAUCCCAUGGUGGCGUCCGAAGUGCCCGCCAAUAUUGACACCCUCACGACCGACGACGACACCUCGGAUGAAGAUGACACCAGCCCCACCACCAAACAGCCUACGGAAAAUUUCCUUGCCAUUCUGCUCAAUGCUCUGGACACAGCAUCCUUGCCCUCCUACUUCUGGCGGUCGCUGGCCUCUUCGUUGUCCACCCGGGUCCAGGAGAUCCUCAACCGAGGGGGCAUUUCAGCACGCACGCUCCGCAGUCAGCGUGACAUGGUACGGGCUGAGAUCCGAGAGUGCGUCCUGCGAGGCUCAAGACUCCCUCGGACGGUGACACUAGGAGACGCGAGAGCCAGCGCAGCGUCCAAGGGAGAAGAAACUGUCGAGAACUGGGAACGCGAGGCUGCUGUAAUGGUUGGAAGUGUCGUAGGCCUGCUUGGUCGGUAA